CUCAUCUGAGUGUGUAAUAUUUUUAGCUGGAUCCACAGAGGCCAGGGGGUGGUGGUGGUGGUCUGAGGCUUCGAGAUUGUACACGUUCAACCAGCAGGAGCGCUAAAUAUAACCAGGGUCAACAUAUUAGAACACAUGCAUAAAUAUACACACAUGCUUGCACCUCAGAUGACCGAGAAAGCAGACAAAAGAGCUAAUUCAUUGUUGUUCUUCCAGCUGCUAACUGAGCCUUAGUGUUCUUGGGACUUCUUGGAUAAUUCUCAAGGGAACCCUGACAAGAAGAUACCAAGGCAGAUCAUCAUGCAGGAAAAUCCCAACUGAAAACCAAGACCCUGAUUGGAUACAGCAUUGAUGGGUCUAAUAGAUAAGCCUUUGAUUGGCCAGGGCCUUUCCAGCCCUGAUCCACUGGUUCGAGAGGCCUACUUGAUGGUCUAUGAUUAUAUUAACUAUGUAACAGCCAAACCAGGCACACCGCUAGGCCCGGCACCCUCUCAAGCCUCAGCAGCAUUGCGUCACGCAGGAGACGAGCUCCUCCAGCGCUUCCCGAUCUUCUUCCGUCGCUGGCCACGGGUCUUCCGGGACGUGACAGAGGAGACAGCAUGUUCUACGCUGUUGUCCAUCCUGGACGAGCACUUCUCUCAGACGAGGCGCGGGGACCUGGCCUGGAGCGCCGUCCUCUCUGUGUUUGUGCUUGCUGGUCAGAUGGCACUGCACUGCCAGCAGAAUGGCAUGGAUAGAGUUCUGCCCCAGCUCCAGCAGUCUGCAGGCAACUAUGUUGAGAGAAUUAUCUGUCCUGCGAUCAGAGACAAGGGAGGAUGGUCAGGUUUUGUGGCUCGCUUUGGGGAGAAGCAGACUUUGGAAGGACAGAUAAAGAAGGUGUGCUGCUGGAGUUUGCUAACACUGAGCAUGGGGAUCCUCGCCUACUUCCUGUGGAAAAGAAGAAUCAUUUAGUCUACACUGCCCUCAUGUGGCAAACUUCUUUCGUAUGCCAGGACUUCUCAGAAAGAUGUUUAGAGUAUUGUAAAAUGCACAUUACUCUACAGAGUGCCAAAAUAUUAGGCUGGCAUAAAAUGAUCUACUUAUCAUUCUGAUUUACUGUUAUAAAUUACAACGUUGUACAAUGUUAUAAUCUCCAGUGUUGCCUUGACAACCGUUACCACCAGCGACGUAAUCCAAUACACUGUUGUCUUGACUGGUUGCCUGAGUAGCAUACAAAUGAAGAUGAGCCUUCCAGACCUUUCAACCUACUUCAUUUACAAGUUUUAUCACGUCACACAUUGUUCACUUACCAUGUGCUGUACUACCAAUAGCUUUUUUUUCCUCCUCUUGCCAUUUUUAACCGUUGAUAUGUUUUAAGUCGUCAGUAAUUAAGAGUGUUUCUAUGGUGUUGUAAAGAAAUCUUUCCUUUCACUGGUAUUUGGUAUCAAUGGAAUAACAGAUUAGCACGAAAACCUGA